AUGCGGCUCGCUGACCGUCCUGAAGCGCAAUGGGCGCGGCAUAGCGGUUAUUUCUUUUUGGCCUUUGUCUUUAUUGUCUUUCUCCAGGCCGGUCUCUGGGCCGAAAGCAGAAGCCAUGCUGAAUUGGAUAUCCCAAAAUCGGUUUUCUCGCUGGGAGAGACGAAUUCUGCGGCGACUAUUAAUUCUCACCCGAUACCGAAGCUGAUAGAGGCAGCCGAAGAACAGUACAGGGCCAAGGUGUCGCGACAAAGCCAGACGUUGGAGGAUGCAGUUGCAGAGUACAUACGACGGUACCAUCGCCCACCACCCAAGGGCUUCGACGCAUGGUGGCGUUUCGCCAAGGACAAUGACGUGGUGAUGGUGGACGAGUACGAUGGCUUGAUGGAGGACCUCGAGCCAUUUUGGAGCAUGCCAGGACAGGAGCUUCGUCGACGGUCCCGACAGGCUGCCGAGCUUCCAUCAGUUGACCUUGUGAGAGUACGGAACGGCAAGGCGACUCUGGUCAAUCUGAACAGGGGUUACGAGAAUGGCGAUGUCAGUGCUCGAGCUCAGGGAUUGCAUAGAAUGAUGGAGAAAUUUGUUCAUACUUUACCUGACAUGGAUCUCCCCGUCAACGCGAACGCUGAAGGUCGCGUUACUGUACCAUGGGAGCAUCGGAAAUACACAAAUCUCACCAACCAAGACUCAACAGGCGACAUGCUAGGCGGAGAAUUUAUCCCAGACUGGCGAGGCGACGGCAACGUAUGGGAGGCUAUGCGGCGAACAUGCGAACCUACGUCGCCCGCGCGUCGUCUGUAUGCAUCCACCAAGAACGUUUUUUCUGCUCAACCUAUCGAUUAUAUGUCCGGGACGCAACGUCCAGGCAGUGAUUUCAACUUCCUGUCUUCGAGCUCGGCAAACCUCGACUUUUGUACUCUUCCGCAUGCACACUAUCAACAAGGACUCUUUUUCUCCGAUUGGCGAACAAUUCCCGUACUCUAUCCAGUGUUUAGUCCGGCUAAAGCGAAAGGUUUCAUGGAUAUCAAGAUUCCCAGCCACUAUUACUACGGAAGCACCAAGCGGUAUACCUACGGUUGGGACCCCGUCAAUCUGGAACUGAAAGAGACCGACGAUAUGGAAGUACCGUGGGAGCAGAAGCUGGAUAAAGUCUUCUGGCGAGGCUCUUCCAUCGGGGGAGGGAACAAUCCGAGUGGUUUCUCUCCCCAGUAUCACCGCCAACGUUUUGUCCGAAUGGCAUCACAGACCGGUAACAAUAACCGGACUGUGACCUUCGAGGACCCACCAUCGUCCUCACGCUAUGUAUCUGUUCCUGUCGCCAUGGGGAAGCUCAACGAGGACAUCAUGAACGUCGCCUUCACCAAGGCUACCAACCCGGAGGCUUAUCCUGGCGGUUUGACUGAGCUGGUCAAGGAUCACCGGUUUGCCGACGCUGUUUGGUUGGGGUAUAAUUGGAAGUACAAGUACAUCGUGGACCUUGAUGGCAUGAGCUAUAGCGGGCGUUUCAUGGCGUUCCUUGCAAGUGACAGUGUCCCUGUCAAGGCUACAAUGUACAAAGAGUUUUAUUCAGAUUGGAUACAACCAUGGGUACAUUAUAUUCCGCUAUCAACGACUUAUAAGGAGAUCUACAACAUCCAUGCGUAUUUCUCUGGUCCGUCACCUGUAACGGUCGAGGCUGCGGAGAGUCUGGGUGUGAUCCCGUCGCGCGAUGAGCAUAUGACACAAGAGGCUGACCGCCAGCUAAGGCGGAUUGCCCGUGCGGGGAAACAAUGGAAAAAGACCAUGGGCAGGCCGAUCGAUAUGGAUGUUUAUGUCUACCGACUGUGCCUGGAAUAUGCCAGGUUACUAGCUGAGGAUAGGGACGCAAUGGUUUAUGAUCCGUAA